UAAAAAAAUUUGAUGUAUUGUGACUCAGGCAAUUGGCGCAAUAUGGCAUUCUAGAUAGAUACAACAUUUUAGAAUCUGGACGCCCGAUCACUUACUCGAUCUAGAGGAUGUUAUGAAAGACAUUGUAUACUUCCGUGGUGCCGCUUUCAACUUAGUUAACGUGUGUGUCCAUUCGAAAAAUCCAGAUCCGAAAUGCCCUUUCUCCAACUAUAGCUAUUACGUGAAUCUCGUGAGGAGUACCUGUCCGGAACUCCUUACAAACUGCUUAUUUAAUAAGAAAGAGUUUGAUUGCUGCAAAUAUUUUGUGCCAAUACACACGGAUAUGGGUACCUGUUUUGCCUUGAAUUCUGUUCAAGUUAUGAAUCCCAAUCUAUACCCAAUGGUUUUUAACGUGACGCAAAAAGAAGGCGUUCUUAAAUUUGAGACUCUAUUGAAUACGAUGUUAUACACUCUUGGCGAGGACGAAGUACCUACUGUCACCACGCUUACGUCAUCAACGCUGAAAUUAGUGCUUGGGAAAAAAUAUCAGCGUCAAGUAGUAGUGAAGAACAUUGAAAACGAUCCUUUAACUGUGGAAACAACUCCUGCGCAAAGAGCUUGUCGUUUCUCCUACGAAAAUGAUAAUGGACUAUAUCCUUUUUACUCUUACAGCACGUGUACCGUGCUAUGUCGCAAACGAGAACAAAUGAAGCUCUGCGGAUGCAUUGAUCAUUUUAUGAUAGGAUCUGAUGAAUCACAAAUGUGUAACAUAAGUGGUUUGCUGUGUCUCCACCGUCAUUUUAGUCAGUUGACAACACUAAAGCCGCGUUGGGCUGGGGGACGGCCUGGUUUAGUUUGUGACUGUUUACCUUCAUGUGAUGAAACUGAGAUUACUGUCAUAAAAGAUGCUGUUACAUCUGCCGGACGUGGUCGAAAAAAGAGAAUAGCAGUAGAGUUAAAACUGGCUUAUUUACCAACUGAGAGGUUUAAAAGGAACGUGGUUAGAAGUCGCCUUGACUUAGUUGUUUCGAUUGGCGGUGCUGCUGGGUUAUUUGUUGGUGCGAGUUUGUUGAGCUUUGUCGAACUAAUUUUUUUCUUUACAAUACGACUCUUGGAUAAUAUUUAUUUGGAAAAACGCAAGAAAAAAGACAGAAGGAAUAUGAAGACUUUUCAAACAGCUAUGCCGAUGAAUACAAGGAGGUUUUAUUCUCAAAGAAGCAAUUUAAUAACUUUUAGAUCUUAAGAAAUCUAAUUCGGUGUAAUCG